ACUUAUCUUCAGACAACGAUACAUCUAAUUUAUCUUGUGACUCAAAAACUGCUUCCUUAGAGAGGGGUGAGCAAAUUUUAGCGGAGUCAGAUUUUCUAGAAACUGAAAUAUCUAAAUUGGAACAAGACGAUAGCGCAAAAAAUGACAACCCAAGUUGUAACCAGGCACAAAGUAUCAUUUCUUCCGAAAUAAAUAUUAUGACCGAGCAUCAACUGUGCGACCCCGGGUCUCACCCUCAUGUGACUGAAACUAAAAACGAUUCAAUUCAGAAGGAUAGCUGA